CCAGAGGAGGUGUCUGCUGCAAGUUCCUGGCUGCUUCUGAGCUCACCCCAUCCUCCAAGAGGGAGGAGGCCAAGUGGUGAUGCCGCUGCUCCUGUCGCCUCGACUGCUGAUGCUCUAGUGAGGCUGGAAGGGUGGUUCCUCUUCGCCCCGUCGCCAACCAGAGAGCGAGGGAAAAAAAUCCCACCGGCAGCUGCUGAUGUUGGGUUCGGAGGCUGCAUCCGACUCGGUCACAAGGAAAAUGGAUUCAGUUUGCAUCUCUCCCUCCUUUCAACAGCUUCUCCGGGUCUCAGCAUGGGCUUCCAGGGCAGCGGCUGAGGAGACCUUACCAAGGAGCACCACGCAGUAGAUGCUGAAACAUCGCCCCCAGGAGAAGAAGCAGUAACAUGGCAGCACCUGUUUGAAAGGAAUUAAAAAUCAGCAGACUCCCUUUAGAAAGGAACAAUGUCCAAGAAAGGGCGAAAUAAGGGCGAGAAGCCCGAAGCCCUCAUCGUUGCCCUUCAAGCUGCCAAUGAAGACCUCAGAACCAAGCUCACCGACAUCCAGAUAGAGCUGCAUCAGGAGAAGUCCAAGGUGUCUAAGCUUGAGAGAGAGAAGACUCAAGAAGCAAAGAGGAUCCGUGAGCUGGAGCAGCGCAAGCACACGGUCCUGGUGACGGAACUCAAAGCCAAGCUCCACGAGGAGAAGAUGAAGGAGUUGCAGGCCGUGCGGGAGAAUCUCAUCAAGCAGCACGAGCAAGAAAUGUCAAGGACAGUGAAGCUGCGGGAUGGGGAGAUCCAGAGGCUCAAGUCGGCCCUGUGUGCUCUCCGGGACGGCAGCAGCGACAAAGUACGGACAGCGCUCACCAUCGAGGCCCGGGAGGAGGCCCGGAAACUGUUUGACGCGGAGCGCCUUAAGCUCCUGCAGGAAAUUGCGGACCUGAAAACUGCCAAGAAGCAGGUGGACGAGGCUCUCAGCAAUAUGAUCCAAGCGGAUAAAAUAAAGGCUGGGGACCUAAGGAGCGAGCAUCAGUCCCACCAGGAAGCCAUCUCGAAGAUCAAGUGGGAGUCAGAGCGGGAUAUUCGGAGGCUGAUGGAUGAGAUUAAAGCCAAGGACAGGAUCAUCUUUUCCCUGGAAAAGGAACUGGAGACCCAAACCGGCUAUGUACAGAAACUGCAGCUGCAGAAGGAGGCUUUGGAUGAACAGCUCUUUCUGGUCAAGGAGGCCGAGUGCAACAUGAACAGUCCGAAACGAGAGAUUCCAGGAAGAGCAGGAGACGGCUCUGAGCACUGCGGCAGUCCUGAUUUGAGAAGAAAUCAAAAGAGAAUAGCUGAAUUGAAUGCCACCAUAAGAAAAUUAGAAGACAGGAAUACCUUGCUUGGAGAUGAACGAAAUGAACUGUUAAAACGUGUGCGAGAAACCGAAAAGCAAUGUAAACCUCUUCUGGAAAGGAACAAGUGCCUCGCCAAGAGAAACGAUGAACUGAUGGUGUCUUUGCAGCGCAUGGAAGAGAAGCUAAAAGCUGUGACAAAGGAAAAUUCAGAAAUGAGAGAAAAAAUAACAUCCCAUCCACCCUUGAAGAAAUUAAAAUCACUGAAUGACCUCGAUCAAGCUAAUGAAGAACAAGAGACAGAGUUUUUAAAACUUCAAGUCAUUGAGCAGCAGAACAUCAUUGAUGAGCUCACAAGGGACCGAGAAAAGCUCAUCCGUAGGAGAAAACAUAGAAGAAGUUCCAAGCCAAUUAAGAGGCCUGUUUUGGACCCAUUUAUUGGCUACGACGAGGACUCCAUGGAUUCAGAGACGUCAUCUAUGGCAUCAUUUAGAACAGACCGAACACCAGCUACUCCUGAUGACGACUUGGAUGAAAGUUUAGCGGCUGAAGAAUCGGAGCUACGCUUUCGACAAUUAACAAAAGAAUACCAGGCCCUUCAGAGAGCAUAUGCCCUCCUACAGGAGCAGACUGGAGGCAUCAUCGAUGCUGAAAGAGAAGCCAAGGCUCAGGAACAGCUUCAAGCAGAGGUGCUAAGGUAUAAAGCCAAAAUUGAAGAUCUGGAAGCGACUCUGGCUCAAAAAGGGCAGGAUUCACACUGGGUAGAAGAUAAACAACUUUUCAUUAAGAGAAACCAGGAGCUUUUAGAAAAGAUAGAAAAACAGGAGGCAGAAAAUCACCGGUUGCAACAAGAACUACAGGAUGCCCGAGACCAGAAUGAGCUGCUGGAGUUUCGAAACCUAGAGCUAGAAGAAAGAGAGAGACGAUCCCCUCCAUUUAAUCUACAAAUUCACCCAUUCUCAGAUGGUGUGAGUGCUCUACAGAUCUACUGUAUGAAAGAAGGUGUCAAGGAUGUGAACAUCCCUGAUCUCAUAAAGCAGCUUGAUAUCUUGGGUGAUAAUGGGAACUUAAGAAAUGAAGAACAAGUGGCCAUAAUUCAGGCCAGCACUGUGCUGUCCCUGGCAGAAAAGUGGAUCCAGCAAAUCGAAGGAGCGGAGGCUGCCCUGCACCAGAAAAUGAUGGAAUUGGAAAGUGACAUGGAACAAUUCUGCAAAAUAAAAGGCUAUUUGGAGGAAGAACUAGAUUACAGAAAACAAGCUCUCGACCAAGCAUAUAUGAGAAUCCAGGAACUAGAAGCUACUUUGUACAAUGCUCUGCAGCAAGAAACCGUUAUCAAGUUUGGUGAAUUAUUAAGUGAAAAACAGCAAGAAGAGCUGAGGACAGCGGUAGAAAAGUUACGGCGCCAGAUGCUGAGGAAGAGCAGAGAGUAUGACUGUCAGAUUCUUCAGGAGCGAAUGGAGCUCUUACAGCAAGCCCAUCAGAGAAUUCGUGACUUAGAAGAUAAAACAGACAUCCAGAAAAGACAGAUAAAGGACUUAGAAGAAAAGUUUCUGUUUCUAUUCUUGUUCUUCUCUCUUGCCUUUAUUCUAUGGCCUUGAUGUCAAGGUGCCUCUUCAGAGUAACCGAAAACAUGGAUAAGACCCCAGAAAGGCAAAUGCCUCUAAACCUUCAAAGAUGGCAGAAAUGUUUACAACAGUGAGAGGGAGAUCAAAUGCUAAGAACUACCCUGUAGCCAGGACUACAACUGUGUAUUUUAAAGCCAUUAUUCAAGGUUUCUUACUUGACAGUUCCUACAUGACCCUGUUGAAAAUCUACAAUAUAUGCUGCAUUUAAUGAAACAUGUAUAUGUCAAACCAGAAGAGAAGAAGUAUAAACAUAUAUUGUGUAAAGAAAAAAAAUCAGCAAUGGAAACAGUUUCAGCAGAUCAAGGAAAGAUGUGUCUUGGGCAUGGAACCAAAGUUACAAAGAAACAUUCUACCCCUGCUGUGCAGGGGGAUCAUUUUAAUGUAACACUACACCCCAUGGAAACUCUAGUUCCGAAAUAAACAUUUUAAAAAAUCAAAACAAACAAACAAAAAACAAGGGAGGGUGGGGAAUGAAGCACGAGGAAUACCUAUGAGGAGCUAUUUACAAUAAAAUGUUUCAUUUGAAAAGUCUGGUUUCUUACUACAGGGAUUUGCUUUUUGUCUUUAUUGUUGUUUAAAACUCAGGAACAGAGACAUCUACAGUGUGAAUGGGAAGAAAAGCAGUCUCCCGUUGGUCUUUCUGCAAAAGGUGAAGCUUGUGGAAUGCAUUCCACAGAUGACAGAGGAUCACAGUGAGCCCCAACUAAACUGGCAACGAGGCGAGGCAAAGGACCUCGGCAAAUGUAACAUAAGAAAUAAAAGCAGAUUUGAUGCUUCCCUGGCCUUCUGUCACAUCUGUGUUCCUCCACGAACAGACUGAUCUCAUUGCUAUCGAAAAUUAAGAAGACGAUGCUCUAAAUCACAAGCUCCCUGACGUAGUUCUUUUUCGAAUGCCAACGUCUAUAGGGAACACGGGCCAGAGAGCAUCUUUGAAUCCAUUUCUAAAAUACCGGUUUUCAAAUGGCUGCUUAAAAUGCCUGCAAAUAAAUAUGUUAUACGAUUUGAGUAAAAACACACAAUAGAGGCGAUAAGUAAACUUCUACCAACAGUUGAGUUUGCCACAGAGAUGUGAAUAUUAAAUAAAAUGAUGAUUAUUUUUUAAAGUAUCCUGAUAUGCCUAGAGCAUUCUGACCUCUUGUCAUUUAGACUGAUAACAUUUUUUCCCCCAGAGAGCUGACCACAGCAAGACAGCUCUACUUUUUUUAUACAGAAGCAACAUAUGUUAUGAUAAGGUCGUUUUCUACCAGAGGCAAUUAGAAGACUGGUACUUUUCCUAAGUUAUGUGAUACUUAGUCUUGGAUUCAGCUCUGAGAGCCAAUAAAUGUUCCUGAAACCUAAUUUUACACCUCAUUGACUGUAGAUAACAAAACAGCCUCAAUUUUUCAAAUUGUCAAGGUUUUAUUUACAGGGCUAGAUCUCCCAUGCCUAAAGAAUGUGUGUAGGGAACCAGAAACUCUUUCUAUGAAAUGCUACACAAAUCCUUCCAGACAUGAGUUCAGUAUCUUAUUCUUUGGUUUUAGCACUGGCAUUUUCAAAGCCAGAACAAUAACUGAAGAAUAGGCAAGAAAGGCUAGAAUGCUGGGGUCCCACUUUUUGUCCUUCUAUUUACUGCUGAUCCAGGUAUCUUUGGCCCAGUCACUUAACCUCUCUGUGCCUCAGUUUCCUCAUCUGCAAAAUGAGGUUAAAUGCUUUUUCAUAAAGUUGUUUUUUUCUUUUUUUUUGCAAUUCUCGAACAAGAGGUGCUUAAAGUAGCACAAAGUGCUUUGUAAAAUUAUGACUGCUGUAUUAUUUGACUUUCUUAUAUUGUUGAGAAAGAGUCCCCUGUGUCAUAAAAUUGUGCUUCCAUCUGGUUAAAUCUAAGCACUGCAGCACUGAAGCUUUCCCAUCAAACUACCUGGGAUAUUGCUAGCAAUAAAGGUUGAGAGAUCCAGAGCCAGAAUCUCUGAUAACCUAUAGUAAAUAGAUCAUCUCAUGCUUUUGAACAAGAUAGAAGAAUAUCAUCUCACUGAUAGGCAUCUCCUAGCUCUCUCUAUUGCAUAUGCAUGCCAUGAUACCAAACUCCACUUUUAUCUUAGAGCCAACUACGAAAUUAAGGCUUGGAGUAAACCGAUAGUUAUCACAUAAUUAGUCUGAUUAAUUUUUAGUCUGAUUUAAUUUUAAUUUUGGGGAGAUGUACAGUAAUAUAUCCUACUGGGAAUAUACAAAAUAUCCUUCUGCUGGAUUCUGUAUUCAACUAGGUACUUUCUACACUAAAUAUGAACAGCACAUUCAUUGUGCAGACAAUGUAAAAGAAGGUGCCACUACCGUCUGUGACCCAGCCCUUUCAAGUUUCAGAAUAUAUGGAGGAGGAUAAAUUAUUCUUCCCUGUCUUUGACUUCUGUCUUCCGUUGCUCUUUAUUGGCCAUUCCAGGGUCCAUCUGAGCAAAUUCAUACUCCAUCUGCUAUAUCAUACCUACUUUCCUUCUCUUCAUCUUGCUUUUUCCACCAAGAAACUUUAUAUUAAAUUUUAUAUCUAAACACUGACUUUGGUUUAAAUGAUCAGAAACAUUUGUAAACUAGUGUGGCUUGAUCAUGUACCUUAUCUGUUAUAAAUCUGAUUGUAUCACACACACAGAAAAUCAUACAAGAACAAUACAGGUAGGAUGACCACCUAAGCAGCUUUUGAUGUUUUUAGGGUGAAUGCAAAAGGAGAGAUUCUUUGUUUAACAUUCAAGAGAUGAGCAAAGUUCUCUAGAUUUUAGGCUAAAUGGUGAUAUUUUACCAAGUCUUACUUCUGAUCCUCAUAAUUAACAUAUCUUUGAAUGAGGCUGAAUAUUUUGGUAGGUACAUCUCUCUGUUACUCAACAAUUACAAAAAAUUUAACAAAAUUGUAAAUGUGUGUUUCACUCAUGGAUCCACAGAAAUGAAUUAUAUUUAAAUGAAUGCUUCCCUUGCAGAUAAUGUUUAGCAACAGUAAAGAGUGUCUCAUUAGUAAUGAAGAGGCUUACUGUGGCUGAACUUCUUACAGAGAGUACAUAAUCCCCACUUUGAUCUUUAAUUUCUGCAUCUUAACUAUCCUGACACAUUUGGCCAACGAGUUAGUAACAGAACAGCGUUCUUCAGGGCUCAUUUGCCUAAUCUUUCUUAAAGUAUUCAUCUCUUGGAAAAUUAAACAUAACUUAUAAUAUUAAAAAAUAGUUUGCCCUAAAAUGAAAGUCCCACUCUGGCACAGUUAUUCAUGGCAGGAAAAUUUUCAUGAGGAAGGAAAAACAAAAUCAAAAAUUAUUUGGCUAUACUAGCAAGCAUCUAUUACUAAUUUGACUGUCUAACCUUUUUUUUUUUUUUUUGGUCACCCACAUUUUAUUUUAGGAAACACUAGAAUGUGCUGAAAAUAAGUAUCAGAUCCCUUUUUACCUAUGUCAUAUAAAUGAAAUCAUUGCCAAUAGGGAGGUGUAGAGGUGGAAGAAUAAAUUUUGCUUUGAUCUUUCUGCCGUUCACAAAUAAGCGUUCACAUAGGUUGCCUGGUUCUUCAGGAGGAUAGAAAUGAUGUAGAGGGCUCAUCAGUCAUCGCUGGAGUAGAAAGGGGACAUUCAUUCUCUGGUAAUAUAGAAGAUAUAGUUUUGCCAAAUAAUUUUUGCUACAGUAUUUUUUGCAACUAAUUUUUGUUUAAAUCUUUGAUAAACUUGUUCCUUUUUGCGUAUUUAUUGUCGCCUUUUUCUGUAAACCCACUGUGUGAUUCACAUGUUCAAUGUCUUCAAUGUAAUUCAAAAGUUCAUUGUUUCAAAAUGAAGUGUUUUUUAAAAACUGCCUAGGUUUUCAUGGGAGCUGUAAAAAUAAUAUUUAUAAUUUGUGUUGAUGUUUAAAUAAUUGGAUCAUGUGUGUUAUGUUACAUCGAAAUAGAUGGACAGCAUAGCCAUUUUAUUUUCUAAAUAUUGCAUUUUUUUGAUCUGUCAAAGAGUGGCACUAUAUAUGUACAUAUAUACACAUAUAUACAGUAUACGUAUGGUGUAUGUAUACAACACAUUAUCUACUAUAUUGAAAAAGCUCAAUAUAACAUCUGAGAGAUCAGUAAUCAAAGCAAACCUUAGACGAUUAUUUAUGUCAUGAGUUCAUGCUUUCAGGAUGGGCCUGAGCCUUUCCUUAAGUGGACUUCUCCUUUCUAAAAGGAAAAACAGUAGGUCACAAGGUCUUAAAGGACAAAAGCUUCCAUUGUGUUCAACCGCCUUGUCACUUCUAUAUAAUAUAUUACCUUGAGACUGAAUUUCAGGUGUAUUGGCAAGAGGAUUCAGACAUAACAGAAGGGUGGAGUUGAUCCUGUGAUUUCAUUUUAGUACCGGGCCGGGCAGAUUCACAUUCCUUUGUUGCCUUUAAUUUGGUAGUUCAAUUCUUCCUAAAGAAACCUCUUGUUGAAGGUCCAAGUCCAAUGUUUAAUCAAGUUACUAAAGAUCUACUUCAAGGAGCAAUGUGACAAAAAUAGAAGGAUUAUAACUUGCUAUAUUCAACCUAAUGUAUCAUACUCAGAGAUGCAGGUGACCGACUGGGUGAAGUUCCCUGAUUUUGUAUUUGUGUUUUCUCAUUGAGAUCUUUGCAUCCGUGCUUGUAUUUCCAUCCUUGUUAUGUCAAAGUUCUGUAGGAUGGAGGUGGUGUAGCUAAAGAAGUUUGUGUCCAACUUUGCCUACAAUCAAGAUUCUACAAACUUGCUAAAGUGUGGGUGAUGCAAUUUCCCAAAAGCACAUCCUCAGCAUCCAGUAGUAACAGCAAUCACUUACCUUUGAUUGACAUCUCACAAAAUGUGCCUAUUUUCCCCCAUUAACUAUAGUAACUUCUUACAAUGAGACAGAUCAAAAUCCAAACACUUUUAUAAAUAUGUACAUAUAUGCGCAUAUAUAUUCUGUACAUAGUAUGAUGGUGUGAGCACUUACUAGAUGUGUACUUCUGUCCUAGGACUGAGGACUUCAGGAAGGGGUUUUUCUGAUGCUGCUAGGUAACUCAUAUUUUGGGUUAGCAUCUGGUGUCUGUGCUCUCCUCCUUCCCUGCCUCUUCUCCUUCCUCCCCUACCUUCAGUUCACUACCACGAUUCCUUGUUGUUGACUGAGGCAAAGAACUACUGAUUGGUUUUCCAAUUACUCAGGCCGGGAACCAGCCUUGUAGUGAUGCCACUGGCUUUCUAGAAAGAGCAACAGAAAGUCCAGUAUGAUCUACAGCAUUAAUAUUAUCCCACAGUCCCAUUAUUUUUUCAGCUAAAAAUCUCGUUCCAAGAAGGGUUUAUGCGUGUUUUAACCUUCAAGAUACAAUUCUUUGGGGACUCAAGUAGAGAGCCAGUGUAUUUGAAUACAUGAUUCCCCAGAUGCCUACUGUACUAAUGUGGCCAGGGGACCAAUUUCUCAGAGCUUUCAUCCAAUCAACUGCCUCAUUUGGGGUUCUUUAUCUCCAUCUCAUUAGCAUGACUCCAUAUAUUGGUUCAGUGCUUGUUUAUUAAUGCGAGAGAAAUAUAAAUUGAGUUUCACCAGGAUGAUCCCUCUGAAGUACACUGAACAUGUACAUGUAAUGUAUGUAUUACCGUAGAGAUGGGAAUCAAUUUAUUGUAUGUAAAGUUUUAUGAAUGGUUAUUUUAUAAUUUAUGUAUUUAAUAUAGGAAUCAAUGAGCUCUGGUGUUUUAGUUUAUAUAAAAAUAAAACAAGCUGCAUUUUUUAAAACUUUA